UGAGCUGGGAAGUGGCGGAUCCGGUUGGUCCUGGGCGGGUCUGGAGUCAGGGUUGGCCCGGACGGAAUGUAGGGAGCCGGAUAGGUUGCGGCGGCUGCGGCAGCAUGGUGGGUCCGGAGAAGGAGCAGGGCUGGAUCCCCAAGAUCUUCAAGAAGAAGACAUGCACGACAUUCAUCGUUGACCCCACAGACUCGGGGUUUUUGCCUACAGGGCUAGUGGGAAGUAGAUGGACGGUAAUGAACCCCCAGGGCUCAUUCCCUGCGAGGUAUCCGUGGCGCGGUGAGCCGGACGACGGGGUCCAAUUUCCGCUCGAUUACAACUACUCGGCCUUCUUUUUGGUGGAUGACGGCACCCAUGGCCGCCUGGGCGGGGAGAACCGCUUCCGCUUGCGCUUCGAGUCCUAUGUCGCCCAGCAGAAGACGGGCGUGGGAGGGACUGGAAUUGACAUCCCUGUCCUCCUCCUCCUGAUCGAUGGUGAUGAGAAGAUGCUAGAGCGGAUAGAGAAUGCCACCCAGGCUCAGCUCCCCUGCCUGCUGGUGGCUGGGUCUGGGGGAGCUGCAGACUGCCUGGCGGAGAUUCUGGAAGACACUCUGGCUCCAGGGAGAGGGGGGAGCAGGCCAGCUGAAGUCCAAGAUCGGAUUAGGCGUUUCUUCCCCAAAGGGGACCCUGAGGUCCUGCAGGCCCAGGUGGAGAGGAUCAUGACCCGGAAGGAGCUGCUGACAGUCUAUUCAUCUGAGGAUGGCCCUGAGGAAUUUGAGACCAUUGUUUUGAGGGCCCUUGUCAAAGGCUUCCCCCCACCACCACCUUCCGGCUCCAACGCCGUGGCCUCGGCUCUCGGGGCCUGUUUGCUGCUCCGCGUGCUGGCACGCCUGGAGUCUGAGGCGGAGGAGGCGGCCCGGAGGAAGGACCUGGCGGCCAAGUUUGAGGGCCUGGGUGUUGGUGCGAAGCCAGAGGAGGAGUCCACACAGAAGGACCUGGCCUUUGGCGUGGAUCGGGGCGUCAACGGGGAAGGCCCCGCGGGGCUGACCCCCGGCCUGUAUGACCUGGGCCGCACUGUCCUCUGCCUCGACUUCAUGGUCUUCACGCUGCGGCUGCUGCACAUCUUCACGGUCAACAAACAACUGGGGCCCAAGAUCGUCAUCGUGAACAAGAUGAUGAAGGACGUGUUCUUCUUCCUCUUCUUCCUCGGUGUGUGGCUGGUUGCCUACGGGGUGGCCACGGAGGGGCUCCUUAGGCCCCGGGAUCGUGACCUCCCGAAUAUCCUGCGCCGUGUUUUCUACCGGCCCUACCUGCAGAUCUUUGGGCAGAUCCCCCAGGAGGACAUGGAUGUGGCCCUCAUGGAGCAUGUCAACUGCUCGUCGGAGCAGGGCUUCUGGGCACGCCCAUUGGGGGCCCAGGCAGGCUCCUGCGUCUCGCUUUAUGCCAACUGGCUGGUGAUUCUCCUCCUCAUCAUUUUUCUGCUCGUGGCCAACAUCCUGCUGCUGAAUUUGCUCAUCGCCAUGUUCAGCCUCAGCCAUUAUCCAGGAGACAGCCUGGAAGAGAUGAAGCCUCUCCGGAAACACGCACAUUCAGGGACCAAACCGCCUACCUAA